AUGGAUUCCUCUUCCGUCAAGCAGUCUGUCAUGAAGCAGGUCCUCGCAGAGGCCAACCUCGCCAAUGCCCGAGUCCUCAUCGAAAAACUCCAGGAAAACUGCUUCGAAAAAUGCGUCCCCAAGCCCGGCAGCUCCCUCUCUAGCAGCGAACAGACCUGCAUGACUGGCUGCAUGGAAAAGUACAUGGCGGCUUGGAACCAGGUCAAUGCUGCGUACAUCAACAGAAUACGACAGGAGCAAGGAAACAACUAA